UCCACCUCUGCCUCUCCCCAGUCGCCCCCCUCCCUCCUAUGGCCGCCAAGCCCGUCCGGCCCAGCCAUGAAGCCGGUCUCUACUCCACAUCAGCCAUGGAUUCCCGCGCCCCGCAUCGCCUGUCUGGUGCCUCGCUUCCCGGCGCUGUCCCUGCCCAAGAGCUCCGUGUGGAAGCAGCUUCCUCCCUCCUCCUCCCCAGCGGCGCCUCGCACGUCAACGUGCGGUCCCCAUGGAUGAAGACCACCGGCCCAUGCUUGACGGCGUCGCCAAGAGCAAGCCCGCUCCCGCCCCUGGAUCCCUCCUCCGACUUCCUCAAUCCUUCCGGAACAUCUCCCUUGCCGCCGCCGCCUCAUCGAGUAAGAGUUCAAGGUUUUGAAGGUGAAGUGUAUGGUGCCAUUUUCAUGUGGAGCAUUAGAAACUUGUUUUUCAGCAAUGAUUUUUCCAAUGGAGAAGGUGUACACAUCAAGUUCUAUGAUUUCUGGCUCCGCUGGUCCUCUAAGAAAUAUAUCAGUUUGACAGGACUAAUUGUAUUACAUGAUGAUGAGUCAAGGAUUUGAGACAAAAUGAGGAUCCUACGGGUGUGUCAAUGCUAUGUGACUAUAGGCUUCAGGAGUUGUUUGGCAUGUCAAUGCUAUGUGAUUCCAGGCUUCAGGAGUUGUUUGGCCGCGAGAGAAUACCUGCUUCGGGAGUGUCAGACUUGCUUCCUCACGAAUACUUGUUGAAUUCACUUCAGGCGUUGGUACUUAGUAAUGAUUAAGGCUCCAUAUUUUUUAAUGAUGCACAAUUAUAUUUCACAGAUUAACUCGCUUGCCAUCCA